AUGAAGCUGGCUGAAAUGUGUUACGGUAUAAAGAAGAUAUGGAGCCCUACGGCGGCGGCGCUCCGCGACGCCUUUGAGCGUCUCCACGGCGAGGACGUGGACGAAUACUACGACUCGUACGCAAGGGGUGCCUUGAUCGCGUACGACUCAUACGAGCCGCCGACGUUGGAGAUUGUGCAUUCGUCCGACAUUCGUGUUUACUACAGCAAUAUGGGGGUCUGCAAGUGCCACAACGACAUCAACAUCGAAAGAGUAUCCCGCGACUGGCUGUACAACUUUAUGGGCUACAACGAGGACGAGCUGUGCUACGUGUUCGCGGGCCAGCGCCGCCUGUUUGACGAGUUUCUGAAGCGUACGGCGUCGUUGAUCCAGGAGGGCAAGGUCGAAAUGGCCUACGUGCGGCCUCGUGCCCUUCAGGUCCCGCUCGAGGGUCUUAAUCCGGGUUUGGACUACGAGCAAUUCGCGAGCCACAUUAAGACUUUGGAUUGCAUAUUGUUCUUGGUACCCUCGCUGCGAGAUCCUCUCAAACUCGAUGCGUUGGCCUCAACCGGACAGGCUGCCGCAGACUUGGCUGUAGUUGCUGAGGUCACUGACACUGGCCGAUAUGCUCUCCGCCGACGAAAGUCUACCGUCAAAUAUAACUGA